AUGCUCGCGAGGAACUUGCUCAGGACUGCUCGCCGCGCACCCGCGCCGUUCCAGCGCACCCUCGCGACCCACGCCUCGUCCCCCUUGACCCAGAUCUCGACUCUCCCGAACGGCCUCACCGUCGCGACCGAGGCGUCCCCGUCUGCGUCGACCGCGACCGUCGGCGUCUGGAUCGAUGCCGGCUCGCGCGCCGAGACCGACAAGACGUCCGGCACCGCUCACUUCCUCGAGCACAUGGCGUUCAAGGGCACCGGCAAGCGCUCGCAGCACCAGCUCGAGCUCGAGGUUGAGAACCUCGGUGCCCACUUGAACGCCUACACGUCGCGCGAGCAGACCGUCUACUACGCCAAGAGCUUUGCGUCCGACGUCAACAAGUCGGUCGAGAUCAUCGCCGACAUCCUCACCGGCAGCAAGCUCGAGUCUGGUGCGAUCGAGCGCGAGCGCGACGUCAUUCUCCGUGAGCAGCAGGAGGUCGACAAGCAGCUCGAAGAGGUCGUCUUCGACCACCUCCACGCCGUCGCCUUCCAGGGUCAGCCGCUCGGCCGCACCAUCCUCGGCCCCAAGGAGAACAUCCUCUCGAUUCAGCGCGACGACCUCGCCAGCUACAUCAAGAAGAACUACACGGCCGACCGCAUGGUCCUCGUCGGCACCGGCGGCGUCGAGCACUCGUCCCUCGUCGACCUCGCCAACAAGCACUUCGGUCAGCUCUCGUCCUCUCCCGAGCCCAUCAAGCUCGGCGCGUCGUCCGCCAAGACCAAGCCCGACUUUAUUGGAUCCGAGGUCCGCGUUCGUGACGACACCAUGCCGACUUGCAACGUCGCCAUCGCCGUCGAGGGUGUCGGCUGGCAGUCGCCCGACUACUACACCAUGCUCGUCAUGCAGGCGGGUCCCCGCCCUUCUCCUCGUCUCUCGAUCAUGGGCAACUGGGACCGCUCCCUCGGCGCGCAGUCGCUCCUCUCGAGUCGCCUGAGCCACAUCAUCAGCUCGAACAACCUCGCCAACUCGUUCAUGUCGUUCUCGACGUCGUACUCGGACACGGGCCUGUGGGGAUGCUACCUCGUCUCGGAGAACGUCACCAACCUCGACGACUUGACUCAUUUCUUGAUGAAGGAGUGGUGCCGCCUCUCGACCCACCCGACCGACGGAGAGGUCGCCCGCGCCAAGGCCCAGCUGAAGGCGUCGCUCCUGCUCGGCCUCGACGGCACGACCGCCGUCGCCGAGGACAUUGGCCGCCAGCUCGUCACGACCGGGCGCCGCAACACGCCGAAGGAGAUCGAGGCGGCCGUCGACGCCGUCACGACGUCCGACGUCAUGCGGUGCGCGAAGAAGUACCUGUGGGACAAGGACAUCGCUGUCGCGGCUGUCGGACGGGUGGAGGGAUUGCUCGACUACUCGAGGAUGCGUGCCGGCAUGACCAGCUUGAUGUGGUAG